CAUAUAUUAAGUUUAUAAAUAAUUGAUUUAUUAAUUAGUUAAGAUUAAAAAUGCUGCUCUGAAAUCUCAUGCUCCCCAUCUGCAGAAAUAUACUCUUACACCCUCCACCAAACUGAUCAAAAAGCCUUAUCUUUUCAAACCCCAUUACAUCUCCCUUCAACUGCUGAUAUUAUUUUUUUAUUCACCCUCUUUCUAAUUUCCUCAUUCUUUUAAGUACUUUCUACAAAUUUUAAAUUCAACCCUUCUGUACUUCCUAUCUAUAUAAGCAUGCCUAUAACCGACUAAAACUCUACUGUUUCAAAAUUACUCAGAUCAAGUUUUCGUGAUAUAGAAUUAAAGAAGUUGGUUAGUGUGGUAGUACCAGACUGAUAAAGAAGGUGAUAUCAAGCUGAGGUUUUGAUCCAAUUCUUUCAACAAAAUAUUCUUUCUUCUGGAUCUGAUAUUGGUAUAAAAGAAUCAGAAUCUUACUGUUUCUUUAGGGGGAAUUCUUUUAUCCAUGGAUAGUGUGGGAUGGCAUGGCUGGACCAACCAACAAGAUGAAGAAAGCUUCAUGGUUUCUAAUAACUCAAAUUGUUAUGGCUAUGGUGGCAAGAUAGAUCAAACAGAAGAUAUCUUCCAUCCAAUUCAUGUGAUUCAGAAAGCUCAAGCUUCGCUUAUAAAUUCAAAAUUGUGUUCUUCUCCUUUUAUGAACACUUAUGGCACAACUUCAAUGAGCAAUUUGGUGGCUAAUAUUGGGCUGCAGGUGUUUCAACAACAUGCUCUCUUGAGUUCUUGUUGUUUGCUCUCAGCUAGUAAUAGCAACACUGAUACAUCAGUUGAAGAUGAUGGGAUCUCCAAUUUCUCUGAUUGCAGAAGAAAUUAUGGAACUGGUACCAAUAGCACAGUUUCAUCAGGCGAGGAGAACAAUGCCUCAUCCAUGCGAAAUAACAAGGAGUUCAAUUGUCAGUCAAUGAGAUUGAAGAAACAGUCUCUCCAAGUUCCUCGGAUCAUCACAAUAUGUCCCAAUGGCCAAUGUCAAGAGAAAAAGCCUGCAGAUUCAACUUUAAAGAGAAGAAAUGAUCUAAUAUACUCCACUUAUCUUCUUCAAAGUACUGAUCAUUCUUCACUUGCAGAAGGUGGAUUUAGGCUUAUUUCCGAGAACCCUCCGAAGCGAAGAAACCGAGAUCAGAGAAGCGUCCAAGUAUCAUCAAACAUUAACUUUCAACAGCCAAGUUCUUCAGUAUCUUCUUCAAUAGAGGAGCCUGCUGAGGCCAUUGCUCACAUGAAAGAGAUGAUAUACCGAGCAGCGGCAUUCAGGCCGGUGAACCUAGGCCUGGAAGUGGUGGAAAAGCCUAAGAGAAAGAAUGUUAGAAUAUCAACUGAUCCACAAACAGUGGCUGCCAGGCAAAGAAGGAGAAUAAGCGAAAGAAUUAGGGUUCUUCAAAGGCUAGCUGGUGGAAGCAAAAUGGACACUGCUUCCAUGCUUGAUGAAGGAAACUAUCUAAAUUCCUUAGAUCACAAGUUAAAGACUAGAAAACCUGAGCCAGAAACCCGAGUCGUCAGUAGUGAAUAA